GAGGCUGUUGAGUUUGUCCUACAACUGUUGAAGGUAAUUACGUUUUGGGUAGUUAUCAUACCUGCAUGAGCAGAGAUGUAUAUGGUUACCAAAAACAGAACUUUCACUUGGCCUAUAUGGUCAUACACGAGAGCAAAAAGGUCUGCUUCACCACAAACCUCUGUCUCACCUGUCAAAGGCCGCCGAUCGAGAUCAUUGUCGAGGUCUAGAAGGAGUCGUUCUAGGAGCCCAUCUGUGGAUGCAACCAAUCCUGGAAACAACUUGUAUGUAACAGGCUUAUCCACAAGGGUUACCUCUGCUGAUGUUGAGAAAUUCUUUAACAAAGAAUGCAAGGUGUUGGAGUGCCAUCUUGUAACUGACCCUCGCUCCAGAGAAUCUCGUGGAUUUGCAUUUGUCACAAUGGAAACUGUAGAGGAUGCAGAGCGAUGCAUUAAGUACUUGAAUCGCUCUGUGCUUGAAGGUCGACUAGUCACUGUGGAAAAGUUUCUAGGUAUAUAUUGAGUCAUUGAUUACCAGAUUUUCACCAUGGGGGGAGCUCGUUCUAGGAAGAGAAACCAUCGAGAUGAUGAAGAUAGUUUUCGUAGAGGGAUUUCCAGAAGGAUACAUUGAAUGAGGAGGAAAAAAGGAGGGGGUUUCUGGGUACAUUGAUCUAUAAAUCUGGAAGAAGAAGAGGUGGAGAAGAAGACCCAGCAGCAACAAUAACCACAACAACAAGGAGGUUACUAGGAACAGCAGCAGAAGAAGAUCAUCGUCCAAAUCCUCUGCUCCUCUGCUCGAGUUGGUCUGUUUGUUGAGGGAGGAAUCCAAGUUCUAAUAAUAACCAAUCUUGGUCGAAAUCUACAAGGGAUUCUAAAAGUGGGUCUUGAAGAAAAUUGAUGUCAAUGCUAUAGGAUAUCGUUACUGUUUUGUUGAACUUCAGAAGUUGGAGAAACUUCAGGAAGAGGAUCUUGUUGAAAGGCCGUUCAAGAAGAAACAGAUCAAGAUCAGGUUUCCUGAAUGGGGAAGAAGUGGGAGAUUUGCUCCAUUUGGAGGUAAGGUGUUGUUUAGCAGAGCAAAUCUCACAAUUGAAAAAGGAGAGAAACUGGCCAUUAUUGGCCCAAAUGGAUGUGGCAAGAGUACUUUGCUUAAACUAAUAAUGGGUUUACAAAAGCCAAUAGCAAGUGAAGUUCUGCUUGGGGAGCAUAAUGUCCUAACAAACUUUUUUGAGCAAAAUCAGUGGGAGAGGAGAGGCAGCAGCCAACCCAAGUAGAUAUUGAUCAAGUGCGAAAUGAGUGGGGGAAGUUUGUUGUCAACACAUAUGUGCAUGAACCUUGAAGUAGCGCGCUUGUUGCUGGUACAAUUUUGAUAUGGAAAGCAUCUUUUUUGUGCUUCUCUGCUGGUACAUUAUCAUGCACCAUGUGGCAUGUUUUGGAAUAAUACAUAUAUAUGUAUCAGCU